AGGAAGUUCCUAUCCUGUCGAGAGCGCGAGAUAUGACGUAAGCUGCUUGCCGCGCAGUGAUGAUGGCGGUGCGUGAACGCGCAGUAAAAGUAAUGGCUGCUCUGGAUCGGCGGGUGCCUAGCCUCGAUGAUUUCGUGGGUCAAAGCUGGACUGCCUGGGCCGAGUGGGCCGGUGUGACAGCGGCGGAUGGCCCUGAUGUGGAUGAUUACAGCAAGAAUGGCAAAAAGGCUGCAGAGGCUAUGUCACUCUGCAAGGAGGACAUGUCCAUCUUUGGCCUCUACCCUGGCCAUGAUGACUUCUACUUGGUGGUGUGCAGCCAUUGUGGCCAAGUAGUGAAGCCGCAGGCUUUUGAAAAGCACUGCGAGAGGAGACAUGGCCCUCUGGCCAAGCUGUAUGCCCGACUGCGCUCUCCCACCCCUGCUCCCCAGCCCCAGCAGAGGCCCCACCACGGCCACUCUCCUUCCCACGGGACCAACGCUGCUUCUGCUUCAUCAUGGGAGGGUCGAGGCCAAGGUGUUGGAUCGUUACGGGCAACCCCGCCUUCCCCUUCCACCCCACCCCAGUACAGACACUCCAAAAACUCCAAGGAUGGAGUACGACAUUCCCCGCUGGAAAAGUCCUCCCACAGCAGCCACACAGAGUCAUCAGUAUUCAAACAACCGCCGCCUCUGGAGCCUCCGAUGAGCUCUCCUCCACCAUCCCUCAGAGAUCCCCCCUGGCCGCACGGAGGCACACCACCUAGCAGGCCUUCACCCAAUGACAGGCCCCCCACCCAGAGGAAGGACUCCUCUCUGGCCCCUGCGGUGCCAAGCCACCGGAUCCCCAGACCCUACAACAAAGUGGCCUCCAAGAGAGAAUGUGACUUGGACAAACACUGCGGCGUCCUUGACCCCGACCGGAAGAAAGUCUGCACUCGCCUCCUCACAUGCAAUAUCCACUCCAUUCACCAGCGGAGGAAGGUGGUGGGCCGCAGCAAGAACUUCGACCAGCUAGUGGCAGAACUCAAAACCAAGGUUCGUGAGAAAGGGGCACAAUCCCUGGACGGAGGGUCCUCUACUGGACGCUCCCCCAGCCCAGAGGCCCCCAGGGAGCAGGCUGGGGCUCCACACUGCAGGAGACCUCUGGCCAGCCUCCCUGCUUUCAGUCGGUCCACAGCCAUAUCAGAGAGCACCCCGGAGGAGGAGAAGCAGCGGCAGGAUGAGGGAAGUCUCCGAGCCCCCUCACCUCUGGUUCACGGAAGAAUCUCCAGCGAUGAAAGCGAGGCAGAAGGACCCGAGGAGCCCGUUGAGUUUCCAUCUUCUGCCGCACAUCCCAGACCGCUAGCGGUGUGUUCAUUCGGCAGCCAUGCGUUGGGUCAUGGCAUCUACACGUUUGACCGGAGACUUCACCACCUGAGGUCGGCUCUCAGCAGCAUGCUGGAGCAGCACAUCAGCGCCCAUCUUUGGAAGAAAAUACCUCAAGCCACAGACCUUCAGUCUCCACCUCCCUCAGCCAAGACCAUCACCUCCUCAUCCCCCUCCUCCAUAGCCACCACGUCCUCCUCCUCUUUGCAUUCUAAAGUCCGCACAGGAAGUCAUAUCAGCUCCUCCCUCAAAACUGCAUCCUCUUCCUCCUCCUCCUCUUCCAGUCGUGGGCCAGGGAGACCCCCGACAGCCAUACAAUCAGAGAACUCUGGGGGCAGUGGUGGUGGUGGUUUGGGUGGCAGUCAUCUGGUGUCUCCGGCUAAGCCUGUAGCGGUGCGUCAGGGGGGUCCUGGGCGAGCCAAGAACCCAGUGGGGCGUCCCAGCAAGCAGAUGCUGAAGCUGCGAGAGGAGGCUGCUGCUGCCGCUGCCCUCCGCAAGCGCAAAGCCCCCUCCCAGGAAGGGGAGCACUCAGGCCCCGACAGGAACUGCAUCGUCCUCCAGGACCGGGGCCGCCCACCCUCCGCUUCUUCCUCCUCCUCAUCUUCCUCAUCUAAAGCCCCCAUACCCUCGCCUCUCCCACACGGACAGACCAAUGGCACGCUUUCCCCCAGCAGCAAACCCCGUCCCCAGCCCUCCCCCUCAGAGUCCCACUCACCAGCUGCAAAGGCGGUCUGGACCUACAGACGGACACACCCUCCUCUGGGCCAUUCAUCACCCCCAGACCCCUCCUCUGCCACCAACAACUCCCACAGCCGGGGUGGCAUGGGGGACUCAGGACUGCACGGGCAGGGCAGUGGGAGGGGCUUUGAGCACCAGGGGCUGGUGAAGAAACGCAAAGGGGGCGGCAUCGAGGAGCACUCGCCCUCCUCUAAACCCUCAGCGCACCGCCUGCCCUCCUCCUCCUCUUCUUCCACCUCUGCCACCUCCUCCUCCUCUCCUCGCUCUAACUUCUACCCCUGGAAGGACAGUAAAGGCGGGGGGCUGGCCGGGGGCGUGGAGAAGAAACUGGGCACACAGAAGCCAAAACUGCACCAUUAAGUGUGCCUGCCUUACAAGCCACUAUGAGGGAGCCAGCUCUGCUCAGUCCAAGACUGAGGCAACAGGACUCAAGUGUGUGUGUGUGUGUGUGUGUGUGUGUGUGUGUGUGUGUGUGUGUGUGUGUGUGUGUGUGUGUGUGUGUGUGUGUGUGUGUGUGUGUGUGUGUGCGUGCGUGCCUGCGUGCGUGCCUGCGUGUGUGUGCGUGUGCGUGAGCGCACACUCGUCUGCCUUUUGUCUAUUGAGCAUACGCUCAUGUAUGAGUGUGUUGGGUUGUGUUUGUAUGUGCAGAGUUGGUGCAGUAUGGAUCUGUUGGUGUGAAUCACAACUGGGUGUGUGGGUCUGUGUCUGGAUGAAUGUCUGAGGGAGAACUGGGAGAGGGAGGGUGGGAUGAAAUUCAGAGUAUGGAUUUAGAAAUACCUCAAGACCAUCCGGUUAUGCUGCUAAAUUAAAUAUGUUGGUUUAUAAAAAUGGAUUAAAAAUGUCCUUUACACUUUG